CUUUUUAUUUUUGUCAUGCUCCGGUGCUUGUUUGCUAACCCUGCGCACAGAGCUGGGCUCUUCAGCAAGGAGUGACCAAUCUGUUUCCCUCAACGCUUCCAGCAUGCUGCUGCAUGGAGAAACAGAAAGGGGGGUGUGUGUGCUGGGUUGUUGGCAGAGGUUCAGGCGUCUCUAGUGGACACCUAAAGUGGGACUUGAGUGUGUGUGUGUAUGUGUGUGUGUGCAAGCAACUCACAUAGUCUUUAACAUUCACACAAGAUGGCGAUGGAGUGGAGGGAGACUCAGCUCCCCUCUUAAAUGUUCUUCUGCUGGACAUUCACCGAGCCCUGCUUUCCCCCCCUGGAGAUUUGAAGGGUUUACAUGGCGCUGGAGGAUUUGCUUUGUCUCUGUUUUUUCUCGUUGACCUUCUGUGUCCUGGCUGUGGAAGGGAAGCUGUUGCAGGGGGAUUCUCUGGAGCUGAGCUGCAGGGCUGCCUCUGCAAAGGUGACAUUAGAGCCGAGCCACGCCGUGGUGUUGGACUGUAACCUGGCUUCUGUCGAGCAGUUGAUCAAUAUCACGUGGAAGAAGAAUGGGUUCCCAUUAGUGGAGCAGGAGCACCUUCGCGUGCUUCCAAAUGGAUCACUCUUCAUAUCGUCCCCGGCUGCUGCUAAGGAGAGUAAAUAUCCUGAAAAGACUGGCGCAGAGGGUAAUUACUCCUGUGUCUCCCAGAGCUCCUUAGGCGUGGUUGCCAGUCAAACGGCUGCAGUUAGAUUUUCAAGUUUAUCACGUUUUUUUCAGCAGCCAGAGUCUCAGACAGUGGAAGAAAAUGGUAUGGCCCGAUUUGAGUGUCGGAUUGAAGGAUUGCCCUCCCCUGUCAUCACCUGGGAGAAGGAUCAAGCGGCUGUUCCUGCAGAGCCCAGGUUUAUAACUCUUCCUAAUGGCAUCCUCCAAAUCGUCGAUGUGCGGGAAAGCGACGCUGGGGCCUAUCACUGCGUAGCGACCAAUGCAGCACGGAAACGCUUCAGCGACGACGCUAUUCUUAGUGUCUUAAAAGGUUCCCAACCAGCAGUGACUCGAGAUGUCGCUAUUGUUGCUGCUCCGGAGAACACCACAGUGGUAGUUGGAGAGAGUGCAGUCAUGGAGUGCAUGGCCUCUGCAGAUCCCACCCCAUUUGUCUCUUGGAUACGACAGGACGGGAAACCUAUUUCCACGGACGUGAUUGUGUUAGGCCGGACCAACCUCCUAAUUCCUCGGGCCCAGCCCCAUCACUCUGGCGUAUACGUCUGUCGGGCGAACAAACCCCAGACCAGGCAGUUUGUUACAGCUGCGGCUGAGCUCAGCGUCCUUGCACCUCCCAGCAUCUCCCAGUCUCCCGAAACCAUUUCCCGCACCCGUGCCAGCACUGCCAGGUUUGUGUGCAAAGCAGAAGGGGAGCCAGUCCCCGUCAUCCACUGGCUGAAGAACGGAGAGCCCAUCCUGUCCAAUGGCCGGGUGAAAAUUCAGAGCAGUGGCAGCCUGGUGAUCAACCAGAUCGGGCUGGAGGAUGCUGGCUAUUACCAGUGUGUGGCAGAGAACAGGCUGGGGAUGGCAUGUGCCACGGCCAAGCUCUCGGUCAUUGUGCGGGAGGGCUUGCCGAGUGCUCCCAAGAAGGUGUCAGCAGUCUCCCUGUCCAGCACCACUGUCUUAGUGUCCUGGGAGCGUCCAGAGUACAACAGCGAACAGAUCAUUGGCUUUUCCCUGCAUUAUCAGAAAGCCCUGGGAACUGAUAAUGUGGAAUACCAAUUUGCUGUCAAUAAUGAUACCACUGAGCUUCAAGUGAAAGACCUGGAACCCAAUACCAAUUAUGUUUUCUACAUGGUUGCGUACUCCCAGCUAGGAGCCAGUCGGACGUCCUCUUCCAUUAUCGUGCGGACACUGGAGGACGUUCCCAGCUCUGCUCCUCAGCUGUCUCUGUCAAGUACGACCCCGGCCGACAUCAGAGUGACGUGGCUGCCUCUCCCUCCGGAGCUGAGCAAUGGGAAGAUAACGAAAUAUAAAAUUGACUACUGCACCCUCAAGGAAGCAGAUCAGAUCUCCUCCACCGAGGUGGGUGCGAAUGAGACACAAAUCACCCUUGAGUCGCUCCAUCCCAAUAAAGUCUACAAAGUGCGCAUUGCAGCCAGCACCAGUGCAGGGUAUGGCGCCCCUUCGGAGUGGACGCAGCAUCGUACGCCUGACAAGGACAACCAAACGCACGUUCCGUUUGCCCCGACAGAAUUAAAAGUCCGAGCGAAAAUGGAAUCCCUCCUGGUCACGUGGCAGCCCCCAGCCAACCACGCCCAGAUUUCCGGCUACAAGCUGUACUACCGGGAAGUGGGCACAGAAGAGACCAGUGACGAAACCCCCUCUGAUGGCCCGGAAGAGGAGAGCUGGGAUGUGGGACCCAUAAAGCUAAAGAAGAAAGUGAAGCAGUAUGAGUUAACUCGCCUAGCCCCAGGGAGACUCUAUGAGGUGAAGCUGGUGGCUUUCAAUAAGCACGAAGAUGGCUACGCGGCCGUGUGGAAGGGCAAAACGGAAAAGGCACCAGUGACUGCAGUAGACCCUCCAGUUCAGAAGGGCCCCCCACUGCCUCCAGCCCAGGUCUAUGCAGAGUCCAACAGUUCGACCUCGAUUUGGCUCAGGUGGAAGAAACCAGACUUCACGACUGUCAAGAUCGUCAAUUACACUGUGCGGUUCAGCCCUUGGGGACUGAAAAACGCCUCUCUUGUCACUUAUUACACAAGUUCUGAUGAAGGUAUUCUCAUCAGCGGAUUGAAACCUUAUACCAAGUAUGAGUUUGCAGUCCAGUCUAACGGAGUUGGGAUUGACGGACCGUUCGGCAGCGUGGUGGAGAGGUUCACCCUUCCCGACCGGCCGUCAACGCCACCCUCGGACCUCAGGCUGCAUCCAGUCAACCCAUACGCCGUGCAGGUGCAUUGGUGUCCUCCAGUCGAACCCAAUGGCAUCAUCGUGGAGUAUGUCAUCCUGUAUAAUGCAAACAACACGCAGCCGGACGACAUGUGGACUCUGCUGAGGAAAGAAGGAAAUAUUUUCAGCACCGAGGUGCGUGGCUUGGAGAGCGACACCAGGUAUUACUUCAAGAUGGGAGCAAAGACCGUUGUAGGAUCCGGGCCGUACUCGAACGUAAAGGACGUGCACACGCUUCGUGAGAAGCUGUCAGAUGUUCUGGAUAUCCACUCGGUCACCGGGAUCAUCGUGGGAGUCUGCUUAGGUCUCCUCUGCAUACUCUUCUGUAUGUGUGCCAGUUUCCGCAGCAGCAAGCAGAGGGAGGCUCUGCCAAGCCUGGAUUCUCAAGCAGCCGGGAAUCACAGCUCCUAUCCCCGGGGCAGGCAGGGACCACCCAGGCCCAGCACCAAGUCUGAUUCUCACGAGCUGGAAUCCCUCAUGUCCCCGCUCUCUGAAGAAGUUCCCUUGCCCCUGAUGGACAUCACGGAGCUGACGGAAGUGCACAGCCUCAUCCACACCAGCCUUCCGGAUGACAGCAUCCCCGGGAUAAGAAAGUCUACAUGGAAUAAAUCAGUUAAUCAGAACUGGACAAGAUGUGGAGAUGCCAUUACAAAAGAGCCCACUGCUGCUGUGAAUGGAACACUGAAGCCACCUUCUAAUGCAGGACAAAAGCUUUUGCUACAAGCCCUGGUGUACAACGCUGUUACGAAUGAAGUAAUGAAAAAUCAACCACCCAUCAGCCUCCAUCAAGUGGAAGCCGAGGUCAUCGUCCAUUCUGAUUUCUCAGCCUCUGACAGAGACUGCAACUCUCAGCUUCACACGCUGGACACUGAAGAAAUGGAUCCUGAGGAUCACAACCCAGAAAACGUCCCCUCUGAUGAGCAUCCCCUUCACACCUCGGCAAACGCCAAGCAGAAUGUCAGCAAAGCGGUAGUGGACUGCCAAGGCAAACCUGAGCUUCAGACCCAGGAUGCCUUGUUAAGUACUGACAGAAAGACUAACAAAAUGGAAGCCGUCGGCCCUCAUGGGCUCACCAAUGGCUUCCACAGGCACGGAGAAAGUAUGGACUCUAUGGAAAGCGGGGAUUCGGACUGUCUCCAAGAAGGCAGAGGGAACGUACAGCCAGUCAAGUGCCAAGCUUUUCCCACAGGCCAGCAAGACGCCCCCCUGUGUAGUAUCUCUGCGCUAAUCAAUUCAUCCUCAGCAUCUGAGAACGUGACCCAUGUCCAUAACCAUUAAAGAGGAAAUUAAUCUGAUUUUGACCAUGGGAGAGCUAGAAGAAGUAGGUGUGAGUUACUGGGGGCCAGAUCCGGAGAGAUACUGUGUGCCCUCAUCUCGCAGUGAAUUCGAUGGGGGAAAGAGGGUGCUCAGUACCUCAGAGGCUCAGGUUCCUAGACAGGUGAACAGCCUUAAAUACACAUGAAAUAAAUCAAUGUGUAGAUUGCUGUGGGCCCAGUCCAGCUCCCAUUGAAGCGACUAAAACAGAACCUUCUGCCCUCAGCCUGUGCCAUUGUUUCCUUUUAUUCCAUGAUGGGGAGUGCCGGGACGUUUGUCACGGUGGAAAGAGGGAGAUACAUUAAGCGUAUCUUCUCCAGUGUUGCUCUUCGCCGGGGAGGGCCCCAGCCUUGCCUAACCCUCUUCAGCUUUGCGAUGCGUUUUGCAAAGCAAGCACCCAAAGGAGUUGAGACAAACGCCAGCCGAAAGGCAUUUAGCCGUAACCAGCCGCCUUCUCCGCUCGCCCGUGGUUAAAAUGAUUUUAAUGAUCCCUUUGUACACUACCACAGUAAAUAUUACUAGCAGGCUGAUGUAGUGGCCUUUUAUUACACACUCUGCGAGUGCCUCUAACAACUUGUACUAUAUAGAACCUUCUCCAGCACCUCGGUCACUUCACCAAGCUGGACUUUGUGUUAUGUAGGUUCUUGUACCUAUGGUUUUAGGUACGUCUCUCUCUCCUUCUAAUGUCCGACAAUGUAUUUUUAUUUCCUCGGAGCAUCUUUAUAUUAUUUAAUUUUAUAAAGUGGAGUAGAGUGUGGUCUAGAGUAGCAUUUUUACUACUUCUCUCUUUAUUUUUUCCUCCUUAACAACACAACUACCUCAUGUCUGUUGGAGAAAAAAAAAAAAGCAGUAGAUUGACUCUUUUGUUAUAGUCCAUUUUAGUUUUUAACUUAUUCUUAUACUGCCUUUUUCUAAAGAAUAUGUUUGCACUGGUUGUUGACUAUUUUUUAAUGAAUAGUGCUGCAGGUCUGACGUCUCGCUCUUUCGUUUCUUUGGAAUCCGUUACGGCAGGACCACCUGCCCUAGGACAUUUGGCCGUAUAACCACGUGCUGCACAAAAAGGCCAUCUCCAAUGGGGCGAUGGUUAGCAGCGUUUUGUUUU